GCUUAAAAAAUAUUACGUGCUCGCUCCACUAGCCAGAGAUGGCACUCCGAGGCGCCGUGAGCUUUAACCCUCUGCUCUUUCGUCUCUUCGUCUCGCUUACCAUCCUCCUACUCUUCCUCGCCGGGAGAGGUUCCGGUGGCCGCCUUAUCUCGCCGCCGGCUGAGGAUCUGCUCGUCUCCGAUGGAGCAAACUCCGGCCGGACCUCAGGUGACGCGCCCUUCUUGCUUUUAAGGGGAAUCUCGAAAUCGCUGAGAUUUUCCGCUGCGGAAGGUUGCGAGCAAACCUAUGGCCUUCUCCCGUGCACCACAUCGGUGGUGGGGAACCUGUUCCUUGUUUUGGUUUACGGCUUCCUUAUGUUCAAGGCGGCUACCUUCUUGUCUGGGGGAAGUGAACUUUUGCUCGAGAUUCUUGGGCCUGGGAUCAUUGGUGGACUUUUCUUGCCCAUCCUGGGCGCUCUUCCUGAUGCCUUGCUUAUCCUUGUGUCUGGGCUUUCUGGAAGUAAAGAGGAAGCUCAAGAUCAGGUGUUAAUCGGAAUGGGCUUACUUGCUGGUUCAACCGUUUUUCUUUUGACGGUACUGUGGGGCUCUUGUGUUGUUGUUGGCAAGUGUGAUCUUUCAGACAACUCAGUUUCAGUAGAUUCAAAGGAUACUCGUGGGUUCAGUUUAUUUGGGUCUGGUGUUUCGACUGAUUUGCAAACUAGCUAUGCUGCAAAGAUAAUGACCAUCUCCAUUCUCCCAUUUGUCAUUGUACAGCUGCCAAAAAUUUUCAAAUUUCCUUCAGGACAGCGCCUUAUAAUCUUGAUAACCAUUAUUAUUUCAGCUGGACUAGUCCUUUCUUAUUGCUUAUAUCAGAUCUUUCAGCCAUGGAUUCAAAGAAGACGACUAGCUUACGCAAAGCACAAGCAUAUUAUAUCAGGAAUACUUCAACACGCACAAAUGCAAGCACUUGGGCGGCUUGUAACAAGUGAAGGAGAGCCUAAUAAACCUGUCAUUGAAAAAUUGUUUCACAAAAUUGAUUUGGAUGAGGACCGAGUUCUCUCGCAUUCCGAAUUACGAGCAUUUAUCAUAGGAAUCCAGUUUGAAAAUAUCGACCUGGACAAGGAUGAUGCCGUGGAUAAAGUAAUGGUUGAAUUCGACACCUCUAGAAAUGCCGCAAUUGAGAAAGACGAAUUUAUUCGCGGGGUUUCAAACUGGAUUAAAGAGGCUAAAAAUACUGUUGAGAGUUCUGGCUCUUACUCCAAAAAGUUUGUGCAUGAUUUUCAUAUGAAAACAAAAGAACAACAUGACAUGCUACUGGACAAUGGUGAUGAGGGUGUGGAAGAAAUUGAAAACCCUACCAUUAUUUACGUGAAAGCUAUUCUAUUGUUGUUGUUGGGGACUAUCAUUGCAGCUACAUUUGCUGACCCUCUUGUUGAUGCUGUGGACAACUUUUCUCUUGCUACCAAUAUUCCCUCUUUCUUCAUCUCCUUCAUUGCCAUGCCCUUAGCAACCAACUCCAGUGAGGCUGUUUCGGCACUUAUUUUUGCUGCUCGAAAAAAGAAGAGGACUUCUUCACUUACAUUCUCCGAGGUAUAUGGCGGGGUGACGAUGAACAACACGCUUUGCCUGGCGGUUUUCUUGGCCCUCGUCUAUGUGAGGCAGUUGACGUGGGACUUCUCGGCUGAAGUCCUUAUAAUCAUUAUAGUCUGUGUUGUGAUGGGCCUCUUCACCAGCUUCCGAACCACAUUUCCCCUCUGGACCUGCUUGGUGGCCUACCUGCUCUACCCCCUCUCCCUUAUUCUGGUAUAUAUUCUUGAUUUUAAGUUUGGUUGGUCAUAGACUCUCUUUGUUUUUGCUUCUGCUGCAACUUCGUCUGGCGCCUUUGAAUAAUUGACCUUUUUAAGUUUUACUGUUUAUUAAUAUGUUGAGCGGCUGUGUUGUGGGAUGCUUAUUCUGAAAUGAGAUUAGCCCAGUUUGGUUGGAUA